UUUUUUUUUCAAGAAAUGGCACCUAUCCACAAGAACCCAAUCCAACACUUGAUACACCCAAACCAUUCAUUAACAUUAUUUGAUUCCAACACCAAAUAUGUAUGUGAUGGUUGCAAAAUCCUUGGCAUAGGUAAAAGAUAUAACUGUUCUGAAUGUGAUUUCGAUCUACACGAAUAUUGUGGAACAUGUCCAAUGAAUCUUUCUUCGUUCUUACAUCCUUUCCAUUCACUCAAGCUCGUUACCCGCAUGCCACAUGGCAAUCGUCAAUUGGACCGCGUCUGCAAUAUUUGUUGUGAUUCUAUUGAAGGGUUGUUUUAUAGGUGUGAGCUUUGUGAAUUUGAUGUCCACCCUCUAUGUACUCAAUUGCCUCAAACACUGCGACAUGUCUUACAUCAGGUGCAUCCUUUAAGGCUUCUAAGCUCGUCAGAAUCAAAAACAUGUGUUAUUUGUAAAGAAGCAUGUAACGCUUCUUCAUGGCGUUAUAGGUGUGCACUAUGUGAGUUCGAUAUCCAUAUGGAAUGUAUGUUGAUACAAUGUGAAAAGGAAAAAACAUGGCUUGGAAUAUCGAAGUACGUUCCACCAUCGACAUUUCCUAGGACGCAAUAUUUUGCUGGCCAUGCUUAUGAAAUUCCAUAUUCGAAUCAUAAUCAUAACGACAUGCCGCAUCCACAUCCACAUUGUCCGGUUCAGAGUGAUCAUGGUAGAACUAGAAGAAGAAUUGGAAAAAUUAUAAUAUUUAUACUAGUGAAAGCAAUCACUACUGCGUUGAUUCUUGGGAUGUGAAAUAGAUGAGGAUUAGACAUAGAGCUAGAAUAUUUUUUUUGU